AUGGUUCUAGCCAAAAAAUCCAUUCGUUGUCUUUCCAAAUCAUACAAAUCAUUCAUCAAAACAUGGUUAUGCCAAAAUACACCGUCAUCCCCGACCGAUGGUAAACCAUCGCGCCCUAAACAAACUCAGCAGGAAUCUGUUGUAGAUGACAAAUCAGGUGAACACACGAAUGGAAUUCGCGACAUGGGAUUGAAUGCAGAUGCAUUGAGAGAGAAGGAUAUAAUGAUGAGUUCAAGAUUAGGAUGUUGUUUGUGUAGGCAUAGAAGCUUUGGAGAUUCACGUUUACCUUCCAAUUCGAUGGCUUCUACGUCAAGAAACAACUCGGUUAACAGAAAGAGGGAUAGUCGCAAGAGAAGCAAGAGCGUCGAAAGCUUUGAGAAAUUUGUACCUCCCCCUUAUUCAUUGAAUAUUAGCGGCAGUUUACAAAUGCCUCCUCGUUCGCAGUCAAGAAAUGGUAGUCGUAAAAAUGGAACUCCGAUCAUGUAUUCCAAUUCAUCAGGAAUGCUCAAACCACCACCAAUUGAGAAAACUCUCGAAUGCACCCUUGAAGAGUUGUGUUAUGGUUGCACGAAAAAGAUCAUGAUCACCAGAGAUGUCCUCUCAGAUACUGGAAGUGUUGUUAAAGAGGAGGAACAAUUAACAAUAAAUGUAGAACCUGGAUGGAAGAAAGGAACAAAGAUAAGAUUUGAAGGCAAAGGGAGCAUAAGGCCUAAUGCAUACCAAGAAGACAUAGUAUUUUAUAUAUCUGAGAAAGGACACCAAUUUUUCAAAAGAGAAGGGGAUGAUUUGGAAUUAUGUUUAGAAAUUCCCUUAAUAAAGGCACUUACUGGGUGUACAAUAUCCGUUCCAUUGUUGGGUGGAGAGCAUAUGAAUUUGACAGUAGAUGAUGUUAUAUACCCUGGCUAUCAGAAGAUUGUAACUGAUCAAGGUAUGCCAAUCUCCGGAGAAUCAGGGAAGAGAGGAGACUUAAGAAUUACAUUUCUUGUUGAGUUUCCGACACAUCUUACCGAUAAUCAAAGAUCUGAAGUUUUUGGUAUUUUACAGAACUCUUGUUGA